GCGGGGGCUCGGUGCAGGUGACGCGGUGGCACCGAGGCCCUGGGCCAGCGCCGAGGGUGCCCUGGGCUCCCUGGGGCGAGGGAACCGGUGCCCACCGUGGGGACUGCUGCCCACCCCGGGAAGGCGGUGCCCACCCUGGGCACCUCCCUGGGAAGGUGGAGGGGCCGGAGGGUCAGGGGAUGGCGGCGGCCUCGGGGACAGAUGGGUUUUUGGGGGGCUGAAAGUUUGCAGCAGCUGCGGUGGGGGGCUCUCGAGGGCUUGGGGUGCCCCAGGGGGCUCCGGGGAGGAUUUGGGUGCUGAGGCACCGAACAAGGCUCGAUCUCAGGGUGGGGACUUCAGAUCGACCCCCAUGGCGGCACCUCUGUCGCGCCCCGCGUGUCCUGGGGUCACCGCUGCCCCCUCCACCUUUCCCCCUGCCCUGUUCUCCUCUCGGCCACCACACCUCCACCCGCACCCCCAGCUCCAGCCCUCGGCUCCCCGGAUCGGAGCUUCCCAGACGAUUUGGGCGCGGGGGGCUGCGGGGGUCGCCAGGCACGGAGAGUCCCCCCAGGGCUGAGCACCCCCGUGCAGGGGACGCGCUCCCGGGAGGAAAGGGCUUCCCCCAGGGACAGCUCCUCCUCCCUGCCUUCGGGGCAUCAUUCUGGCAGAUUGCCCCUGCAGAUGCUUGGAUCGGGUCCCUUUGGUCCCCGGAGCUGGCUGCUGUCCCCUGGCUGGGUGGCAGCGCCACCGAGGAGGUGGCAGAGGGGUGCCGUGCUCACCCCGAAUGCUCCCAGCCCGUGACCUUGGGGUGUCCAGCAAGGGCCACCUCGGUCCUCGCUGUCACAGCCCUGCCGCUGUCCUCCUGUCCCUUCCCCUGCUCUGCGCCGUCUCCCCCCGGACAGGAGGAGCUCGGCAAGGGGAAAAGAGGUGCCAGAGACAGAUUCUCACUUCUUUAAAUUGGGGGAAUCCCGGCAUUUCUGCCCGGGCUGGGAUGCUGGGAGCGGAGUGGGGGAGCUCUGGGAGAGGCUCUGGGGGUUUGGCUGUAGGAGGAGACCUCGGGUUCAGCUCUGGGGGCAGCUGGAGGAGCUCUGGUGGGUGCUCCAGGCCUGGGGGGACCUGGCACCAUGAGCGGGAUGGGAGCCAUGGCCCUGCCUUGGCUCCCGGAAUUCCGGCAAUUCCAGCUCCUGGCUCAGCCCCGGGGGGUUGGAUCCCGCUCUGCUCCAUCACAGAUUUCCAGCUCUCAUCCCAGAGCGCCUGCACGGAUUUUUUUCCUUGGCUUUUUGUCCCUUCCCUGGCAGCUCCCAGGGGCCGGGGGUUUGGUCACAGGGCGGUGGUGCCAGCUGGAGAAUCCUGGUGGUGCAGGGAUGGCAGGAAACAUCUGGAACACCUCCAUGCGAGGCCUCCCCACCGGCUGGGGGGUGCUGGGGGCAGCUGGGUGUCCUGGAAGUUUUCCACCUCCCUCCUUGGCCGAGCUGGAGUGGGAAGGAGAGGAUCCUCCGGCACCCAGGGCCCUGGGGGAGGCACAUCCCCGGGGAGCCGGAGCGUCCCGGGCAGGUUCAGCUGCCUCUGCUCCCCGGAAUUCCGGGUGCCUGCGCUUAUCCCGGUGCUCGGGCAGGGCUGGGAGCCUCCUCCACUCCCGGUCCUCUCCAGGUGCCAGCAGGCAGGUGGAGGAGAAGGAGCUGGCGCAGGGAGACGAGGUGCAGGAGCUGCGGUGUCCCGUGGCGCUCCCGGCAUGGCACAGCCUGGGAUGCGCUUGGUGGCACCCGGCUGGCGCCCUGUGACAGCCCACGGGGCUCCUCACAGCUCCCUGGGCUUCCCCUGACACCAAUCCUGUGCCACCCAGGGCUCCAGAGCCAGCGGGGGUGUCCCUGUCCCCAUCCCCAGCUCCGCCCGGGAUGCUCGGGCUGAAGCAGAGCUUGAAAACCACUCGGGGAGGAGGGAGCCCGAGCUUGGUGAGGAACGGAACUGCUGUGGGUGUGGGUGACACGUUUAUUAUGCAAAAUUACCUGGUUUUAUUAUGCGAAAUUACAGUUUGUGGUGUGUCGGAGCAGGGAACUGAGGGUUCUGCUGGGAGCUCCAUUACCCAGGGCUCAAUCACCCUAAUUACCCUCAUUAAAUGCCUUCCUUCCCCACAGAGCCGCUGUUGGCUCCCAGAGCGGGGCUGGGGUAUCCCGGUACCCCCGUGGGGCUGGGGGCGGCUCCGUCCCCCUCCUGCCAAAGGGGCCGGAGCGUUUCCCCCUUGGUCUCAAACAGGAUCCGGAUGGAGCCGAGGGAACUGAGGAAUGCGGGGAAGGAAGGGUCAACCCAGCACCUUUGUGGGGUCCCUGAUGGGCACCCAAACUCCCCAGGGGAAAUUCCUGUGCUCCGCCCAGCGCUCCAGCUGAUUGCCUUUAAUCAUUUAAUUAAAGGGAAUUAACUGGUGCGGGUGGAGGAUGGAAUAGGAAUAGCUCUGGAAUAGGUCACGGCCCACAGGCUGCUGAGCACCUGGCUGGCCUGGGAGCGGCUGGAGCAGCUUCCAUUCCUCCCUGGGAUGGGGUUGGGAUCCUUCCUUUGGGAUCCAGAAAUCUCCUGCAGGAAUGAUCCCCACCCAAACCCCUGUGGGGUGGGGGUCUCUCCCCGCUGGAUCCCGGAGCUGUCCCCUGCCCUGGCUCUGGGAAUAAAGGUGCUGCCGGCCCUUGGGAUUUGCCGUGUUCCCACAGGGAACAGCCAUGGCUGGAGCACUGCUGGUGGCUCCUGGUGCUUUCCAUGUCCCUGGUGCUGCAGAGGGGACGUUCCCGCUGUCCCUGAGCCGCUCCCAGCGUGUGGAUCAGAGCCUGGAGCUGAUCCCUUCCUCAGGAGUGCCCUCAUCCCUGCCAGCAGCUCCACAUUCCCAGAGCCCCCGGUGCCUCCUGGCAGAGGGACCCGGCCCCUCCCGGUCUCCAGAAUCCCUGCUCCGUUUGAAAGGAAAAGCCAGAAAUGCUCAUUGUGAGCACAAGGUGAUGGGAACAUUCCCCAGGGAAGAGCAGGAGGGAUGGGAAGCACUGAUGUGCCUGGCUGGGAGCCUCGGAGGAUGGCCAAGAGGAGCUGGGAUUUGGCCAUUCCCACUCUGGGCAGCACAGCUGAGCUUAUCCAGGUUUCCAUGGCCUCUCCUGGAGUUUUGGGAUGCGGGAUAAAGCCCUGCAGUGUCAGCCCACGUGCUCGUGCCCGCUGAGCCUUUGGUGCUUCGCUCUCUAAUUGGAGCAGCUUGUCCAGGGCUGGGAUCCCGGCGCUCCAGAGGGAAUCCCACAUCCAGCUUGGCUUCCAGCACCUUUCCAGGAUGCCCCAUGUGCUGCUCCCAGAGGGAAAACGCCUCGAUUUUAUCCCGCUGUGGGCUGGCAGAGAAGCUGAGCUCAGCAGGGCUGUGCCAGGAUUAAAGUGCUGAGUCCUCUGGAGCUCUUUUCCCUGGCUCAAUCCAGGCCUGAGGGAUCCAGAGGGGAUUUUCUCUGGGGUCUCUGCCCUGUGGGGAAACAAAGCUCUGACGUGGGACACGGUGUGAGCAUCCCCAGGUCUGGGAUUUGGGUUGGCAGAAUUCGGGAUUGCUCAGGGAAAUUUAGGAUUGGGAUGCCAGGGAGCACAAGAGCUGGAUUCGGUCCCUCACUGGAGCAGGACUUGCUCUGGUUUGUGUUUCCAGCGUUAAAAUCCAAAGGGAGAGUUUAUACAAACAGCCUGAAAUCCCUUCUGGGCAGACUCGGCUUGGAUUUCAGGAUUUUUCCAGGUUUCUGGUGGAUAUUAAGCACAGCUGAACUCUGCCAUCAUCCCCCUGACUGAGGGAGCAAUCACACAGGCUCUGCUUCUGCCGGCGGCUCCAUUCCGCGGAUGUCAGCAGCAAACCCCACCUCCCGUGCACAUCUCCCUGCGGGAAGCCAGGAAUUACAGGGAAUGGAGAUUAACCAGAGUCCCAUUUCAGAGCCCUUCCUUCAAUGGGAAUUGAGGUCCCAGUGCCGAGCCCAGCUGAGCCCACGAAGGGAAGGGUUUAUGCUCCGCCUGGGCCUGGGACACAGCUCAGCUUUGGGGUGGAAAUAAAAUUUCCAAGUCCUACAGCUGGGGAAAAAAAAUAAUAACCAAUCUAAAAAUAAUUAGUCAUGGAAUCCCUGGUUGGAAAGGAUCUUAAAUCCCAUCCAGGGCCACUCCAGCCAUGGCACGGUCACCCCCACUGUCCCAGGGGUCACCCCCACUGUCCCAGGCUGCUCCAGCCCCAAUGUCCAGCCUGGCCUUGGGCACUGCCAGGGAUCCAGGGACAGCCACAGCUGCUCUGGGCACCCUGUGCCAGGGCCUGCCCACCCUGCCAGGGAGGAAUUUCUCCCCAAUAUCCCAUCCCUACCCUCUGGUGUGGCUUCCAGGGCUAUGGGGCACCCAAACCCUGCGGGUACCCAGAGUUUAGGAGAGCUGAGCAGUGAGGGGACCCGGCUGUCGGGAGAAUUGGGAUCUGGGGGAGCACCCAGAGCCUUGCAGGGUCCUGGGGCUGGGGCACAGCUGAGCUCUGGGCAGACCCGAGCCAUGGGGGCACCGAGGGGCAGCUCUGGAGGGGCUGGGCGGGGGGCACAGGGCAGGAUGGGGCCGUGCCAGUCGCAGUAACCUUGGCACGGGCCGGGCUCUCGGGGCUGAGUCAGCAGCUCAGAGGCGCUGUGCAAACAGCGAGCAGAGAGCCGCGUUUGCCGCAUCAGCCGCUCCAAAAGCCCCGCCGGGCCCUGCAGGGCGGGGAAGCUCCGGAUCCCAGCCCCGAUCGCGGCCCCGCCGGAGCCGGGAGCUGCGCUGGCCCCGGAGCAGGACACGGCCCCGGGCAGCGCUGCCUGUGCCGGCCCCGGGGCACGGAGGGCAGGGUGACCGUGCCGGUGGCACUCUGGGGACACUCUGGGGACACUCUGGGGACACAGCCGAGGCCGUGACCCAGAGCAGGAUCCGGGCUGGGCUGAGCGCGGCUGAGCGAGGCUCAGGGGAUGGUGCCAGGUCCAUCCCCACAGCGGCACCCCCGGGCUGAUCCCGAGCCCUGCGGGGCUCCAGCCUCCCCUCCGAGGGAUGAACUCCCCCCAGAACCCCGGGGAGGAAGAUAACCGCGGCUCUCAAUCGCUCCCCGCAGUCCCUGGUCACGCUGGAUGGAGGCAAACUCGUCCACGUGCAGAAGUGGGAGGGGAAGGAGACGUCGCUGGUCCGGGAGCUGAAGGACGGGAAAU